AUGCAUGUUUUGUUGCUAUUUUGUUUUAUAAUUGUACAUUUCCGAUUUAUAAUAGCCAUUGACACAGCUUAUUAUCAGUACAUUGAUUUAACAACUAAUUCAACGACGUCAGUCCUUUCAGAUGAACCCAAAGUAUAUGCAUUGAACUCAAUAGAUGAAAUAUCUUCGCAUAUAGAUAAAUUAAAAGAUAAGUCCAGUAUUUUCUUCUUCAAAUUAACUCAAUCUACUUUACAAUAUAAUCAUAAGUAUCAUAAAUGGACGGAAAUACUUAAAACUAAUCCAUUGGAUACUUUGAAAAUCAGACCUUAUGAUUACUGGUUACCCGCUACUCACUGUCUUGAUUCAAAAGAUGGAAAUGGUGGAUAUUUACGAAGAGACAUUUAUAUUGAGGUUGAAUUAUCAAUUGAAAAUUAUAUUGAUUUACACUUUGGUUUUAUUCCUAUUGGAUUUAGUGUUGGUGUUAAUCUAGCUAUGGGUGUUAGAGUUGGUUAUGGAAUGUUGUUAAUACUAACUUUCAAUUGUGAUUUAUAUGAAAAUGAAAUUGUUCAAUUGGUUUAUAAACCAAAUUAUAUGACUAUUCCACCAUUAACAUUUAUUGAGUAUAAGCUAAGAAAGAGAAGAUUAGAGAAAGGUAAGGUUAAACUCAUAACACCGUUUCGAAUGUUAGUCAUUGAUGCUCCACAACAUAAAUGUUUAAGAAGUAAUCAACCAUCAGAUUUAAUGUGCUCAAUUAAACAAGAUAUAAAGAAACAAAAAAUUUUCCUUCAUUAA